UCUUGACGCCGACCUCGCACGUUGCUCAGCUUCCCCGCACAGGUGGGAAAUCUGUCUUUCUAAUUAGCCAACUUGUCUAUCUCGUUUUGAGCAAGGCGAGAUCAGCAGCAGCCACCUCUUCCUCCAACAUCGAGCUCGCGAGAAAACCGGGCGAGGACAGAGGAGGAGCCAGCACUAGAUUGGAUCAGCAGCCUGUCUGCCUCUCUCGUUCCUGUCGAUUGGGCCGGCAGCCGCGCGACCGCUAGCCGCAACGAGGGAAAAGAUAAUAACAUGUCUUCGGACAGGCUUCAGCAGCCGGAUCCCCAUGCCUUUCCUACCAAGCAGCUCACCAUCCUCGCGAUAUGCCGCUUCUCGGAGCCGAUCGCGUUCAACUCGAUCCUGGCGUACACGUACGUGAUGGUGACGGACCUGCAGGGCGGCGACGACACGGACGCGUCCUUCUACGCGGGCCUGCUGGUCUCGGCGUACGCCGCCGCCGAGGCGCUGACCGCCAUCGGCUGGGGCGCCCUGUCGGACCGCUACGGCCGCAAGCCCGUGGUCCUCUUCGGCCUCGGCGGCGUCGCCCUCUCCAGCCUCAUCUUCGGCCUCGCCACUGAGUACUGGGUCGCCCUGCUCGCCCGCUUCAUCGGCGGCGCCCUCAACGGCAACGUCGCGGUCAUGCAGACGAUGGUGGCGGAGAUGGUCAAGGUACCGGAGCACGAGCCGGCGGCGUACGCGACGCAGCCGUUCGUGUGGACGCUAGGCGGGAUCAUCGGGUCCGCGAUGGGCGGGUUCCUGGCGCAGCCGGCCGUGUUCUACCCGUCCGUGUUCGCGGCCGACGGCCUCUUCGGCCGCUACCCCUACCUGCUGCCGAACCUGGUCUCCGUCGUCGCCAUCGCGCUCGCCAUCGUCCAGGGCGCGCUCUUCCUCGAGGAGACCAACCCCCCGCGCGAGCCGCGCCCCGACGACGCCCUCGUCUUCGCCGCCGCCGCCGACGACGACGACGAGCGCGCCCCGCUCUGCCGCCGCGAGAUCCCCGGCGCCGACGCCGUCGAGCCGACCUUCGACCUGCGGCGGCCCGAGAAGCCCCCCGCCGCCCCGAGGACCUUCAACUCGACCAUCGUCAUGGUGACCGUCGCGCUGGUGCUCGUGUCGUACCACCAAAUGGCGUUCGGCACGCUGCUGCCGACGCACCUGCUCGACCGGCCGGCGCGGGCGCCGGGGCGUCUCGACCUCGUCGGCGGGCUGGGGUACACGGUGCACGACGUGGGGGUGUACCUGUCGGUGAACGGGCUGCUGGGGCUGUUCGUGCAGGGGGUCGUGUUCCCCGCGUUCGUCGGCCGCGUCGGCGUGUGGGCGUCGUUCGCCGUCAACGUCGCGCUCUACCCCCUCGCGUACCUGCUCAUGCCCUUCCUCUCCGCCGCGCCGCGCCCCCUCGUCGCCCCCGGCGUCUACCUCUCCAUGGCCCUCCAGAGCUUCUUCGGCAUCAUCGCCCUCCCCUGCGCCCUCAUCCUCCUCAAGGACGCCACCCCCGACCCCCGCCUCCUCGGCCGCGUCAACGGCCUCGCCAUGUCCGCCUGCUGCCUCGCCCGCACCGUCUCCCCCCCCCUCGUCGGCUCCAUAUACAGCGCCCGCGGCUCCGCCGCCGCCUGGCUCAGCUGCGCCGCCGUCGCCGCGAUCGGCGUCGCUCAGCUCCCCUGGGUGCCGCGCAAGCACGUCCCCGACGCCGAACUAGACGGCAACUUGGAGACGGCGGCGCGGAAGACGGCGUCGGGUCUGCAGGACGGCGGCGACAGGGCGAGCCCGUUGGUUGCGGAAUAGUACGGGUGCUUCUACGGACCAUAACGGCCUUGGAGAACGCUAACGGCUUAUACGUAUUUGUCGUCUGAUAAUUCCACCGACCUUCUAACGGCUUUGGACUUAGAGAGC